UCGGGGCGCGCAGGGAUGGAGGGUGCGACCGGGAGAGCCCCGCCGGUCCCUUCCGCCGCCACCGCCGCUGCUCUGCGGUUGGCGUUGGCCGUGCCGGGUUUGCCCGACGGUCCUUUCGGUUGUCCCAUCUGCUUGGAUCUGUUGAAGGACCCGGUGACGGUGCCGUGCGGCCAUAACUUCUGCCAGGGCUGCCUAGGGAAGCUCCGCGGGAGGACGGGCCCCCCCGACGGGGCGGCGGGCGGGGCGGCACGCUGCCCGCUCUGCCAGGAGCCUUUCCCGGCGGCUCUGCGGCUCAGCAAGAACCGCGCCCUGUGCGAGGUGCUGCCGCUGCUGGGGGCUGCCGGGGCCGGGACGUCCCCCGACGGCGCGCGGACCCCCCCGGCUAUUCCAUCCCCUCAGUCCGGGCCUGGAAACUCCCCCGGUAGCGCCGAGUUCAGCGGAACGGGACCCAUCGGAGCCGAGUCCUCGCCCUCCGGGAUGGCUCCGGGAGCUGAAGAGCAACCGGAGGGAGAAGCGGGGCUGGAAGAGGGGGCAGCGGCGGUGCUGUGCGACGUGUGCCCCGAGGGGGGUCGGGCGGCGGCUGCCCGCUCGUGCCUGGUGUGCCUGGCGUCCUUCUGCGGGGCCCACCUGGAGCCCCACCGCCGCUCCCCCGCCUUCCGUUCCCACCGCCUCGUAGCCCCGUUGCGGCGCUUGGAAGAAGGGCUGUGCCCGCGGCACCUGCAACCCCUCGACGGCUUCUGCCGGGCAGAGCAGACCUGCGUGUGCUCCCGCUGCCGCGCCCACGAGCACCGCGGCCACGACGUGGUGUCCCUCGAGAAGGAGCGGGAGCACAAGGAGGCCCAGCAAGCCAAAUUCCUCAGCAGUGUGGACAACGAGCUGGAGGAGCUGGCUGUCACCAUCGCACAGACCAGGAAGAUGGUGGAGCUCAUUAAGGGUGUUGCCAGCAAGGAGAAGGAGCGGGUGGAGAAACUCUUUGCAGAAGCCUCUGAGCUGCUGGCCACCUUCCAGAAGGAGGUGGCCGCCUUCAUUGAGGACAGCGAGCGCUCCAUGCUGGGGGAGGCCGAGGCUGACCUCCGCUGGAAGGAGGAGAGGCGAGCCAAGCUGGCCCAGGGCAAGCAGAACCUGGAGAAUGUCCCCAGCACCGACACCAUCUACUUCCUUCAGGAGUUUCAAGCCUUAAAAAUAGCCAUGGAAGACAACCUCUCUCCGGCCCCGAGCUUCCAGAACGAGCUCAACUUCACCAAGUGCUCCCAAGCCGUCUGCGCCGUCAAGGACGCCCUGUCAGCUGCCCGCAAAAGCCAGUGGGACUGUUUGCAGGGGAAAGGAGUGGAUGGGAUGAGCUUCCCAAAGACGGAGGAAGCAAUGACCAAGUCUCAAUUUCCAGACAAGUCAAACAAUCCCGCCUGCCUGGAGAGCCGCGAUUACUUCCUGAAAUUUGCCUUCAUCAUCGACCUGGACAGCGAUACGGCCGACAAGUUCAUCCAGCUCUUUGGCACCAAGGGAGCCAAGCGGGUGCUCUGCCCCAUCCCCUACCCAGAGAGCCCGACCCGCUUCAUCAACUGCGAGCAGGUGCUGGGUGUGAACCUCAUGAACCGGGGCAACUACUACUGGGAGGUGGAGCUCAUCGAUGGCUGGGUCAGCAUCGGCGUCAUCGCCGAGGUCUUCAACCCCCAGGACUCCUAUGACCACAGCCGCCUGGGCCGCAACACGUGGUCCUGCUGCCUGCAGUGGAACGGGCAGAACUACGCCGCCUGGUUCGGUGGCUUAGAGUCUGUCAUCCAGCAGCCGUUUUUCCACACCAUCGGGGUCUUUUUGGAGUACUCGGAGAAAGCUUUGACCUUCUAUGGAGUCAAGGACUCCAAGAUGACGUGCCUGAAGCAGCUCAAGGCCGGCUCCUUUGGAAAAGCCCACUCGGACCCUUUCCAGCACAAGAUCAACCAGCAGUUUGCAGCUCUGUUCUCCUUCAAGCUGAAACCCGCCUUCUUCCUGGAGAGCGUCGAUGCCCACCUGCAGAUCGGGCCGCUGAAGAAGGAUUGUGUUUCGGUGCUGAAGCGCAGGUAACUGCCCGAGGAGAAGGCCCAGAGGAGCCCUCCAUGCAGCACGCAUCAUGGCUUCCCUCCGUACAUCGGGACAGCCCCACUUGGCGAAGCGCUUUCCAGAACUGCAGCAUGGAAUCAUCUGGGUUGGAAGAAGCCUUCAAGACCGCCGGGCGUCAUCCUGACUGACUGUCAGCUGGAGUCCCACUGCCAACCCACAUCCCAACACUGACCCACACCCAAAGCCUCUCGAUGCCCAUCAGUGCCACAAACAAGAAGUGAGGAUCUCUGCAUCCCUCGUGUUGGCGCGCCGUGGAAAAGCCGUGGUCCUUCCUACGUGUGCUGGAGCUCUGGGCUGUUCUGCAUCCAAACAUCUCUGCUGGGAGAAGGAAGGGACUUGCUGGGAAACGCCAGCAUUGCUCGGAGCACAGAGCAGUUCUGGAUGUGCUCAUGGUAGACACGUUCGAUGGGAAUUGCUGACGGAAGCCUUUUUGUCAAAUUUCCCCUCAUGUUUUUGAUGAUCCUGAUAUUUCAGGAGAUUUUAGUGCCAAUAAACUCCCAGUUCUUCGGGCGCCCCGGGCUCAUCUGAGCUGUAAACGCAACCCAUAGCUUAGAGAGCCUUUCAAACAACCAAGAGCUGCUAUGAGUACAGCACGGGGUAAACGGUGUUUCUUAGGCACAUUGAUGAAAGCUAAUAAUUAAAUCCCUUUAGGCUCCAGGAACAAGUAACAAUUAACAACAACUGCUUUCCAGCCACCGUCCCAUCUGGGAGAGGUGGAGGCUUCAGGCACAGUGCCCAUUCACGUGUCCUACAGGAGCUUUUCCAGCACUGCCCCAAUGAUGUUGCAGAGGCGGCACAGUGCAGCUCCUGUCUCAGCCCUCCCUGCCUUCCUCUGAGUUUAUUUUUCCUGGGGUUAGUUUGCUACCUACCUCCCGAAGCUCACUUUACAGAGUUGUAAUGCUGGGUAAUAAAAAUAUAUGGGGCCGGA